CAGGAAUUUCAUUCAUUCAUUCGUUUGUCACGUAGCAUCCAUGCAUCGACAGAAGAGGACACUGUAGUGCCGAAAACGGCUCUUCAAUCGAAUCAAUCAAAUCAAUCACUAUCGAGCCACACGUACGUCCAUUUUAUGCAGACGCGUGUGACGUCACAAGGCCAUCCAUCCAUCUGUCUGUCUGUCUGUCUGCACAUUCCCCCUGGAGGCAUCCACGCCCUGCAUGCAAUCAGUCAGCCACAGUCAGUCAGUUGUGCAUUUGGCGCCUCUGUAUGGCAUGCAUCUUCUGCUCCAGCGGCGACAUCUUCUUCUGGUCCCUCCCGCUCCCGCCCCCCUCGUCCUCACCAUCCCCAUUGCUAUCCUCCUCCUUGUCGCUCCGCGACACAGACAUGUCAGCGGGCGGCCGGCGCAACCGACGCCGCCUCUUACGCUGACCCUCCUCGCCCUCGCCCCCGUUGGCCUCAUCGGCCUGGUCCUCUCCGUCGGCUCGUCGGAGGCGUCGGCCUCGCCUGGGCGGUGGAUGACGGCCCUUGUCAUCAUCGAUGAGCAUGUCAUUGUCGUUGCCCAGGGGUGGCAUGUGUGUGGGGUGGGGUGGGAGGGGGGGCAGGAACGGGCCUGGUGCGGCACCUGCUGCCGACGAUGCUGACGCUGCAGCUGCAGCACCAGCACCAGCCGCCGCAGCCUGGACCCAAAGGAAGGGGAAAGAAACGAUGGCUGUUGUCGGUCAUGUCUCUUGUGAUAUGACUGACCUGUCUGUUGUCACGGCGCCUGUGGUCAUGAUUAGGUUGUCUCUGGUCCGCUCGCCCCGCGCGUCGCCUGUGGUCGUCGGAUGCCGAUGAAGAUGAGCACUCGAUGACGUCGCCAUUGACGAUGAACCCACUAAGGGAACUAGACGACUCAGACGAGCUCUGCACACACCACCCGAGACAUACACCGCAACAUGAAGGAAUGAAUCGACGGACGGGUGCAUGUCGGUGCUGUGAGUGAGUGAGUGAGUGAAGGUGCAUCCGUCUGUCUGUCUGUCUGUACCCUCCAGACAUCGCCCCCAUCCGUGGGUUCCCUCCUGCCUCUCCCUCUGCGGCCCCCAGGCCGCCCCACCCUGCCCCGGCCCCUCACAUGCCCCUGACGCCUCACCGGCCGACCGCCGCGUCGCCCACCCCUCCCCCUGCCCUCGUCAGCACGACCUCUUUGGCUGGCCGCCACCUGUGCGUUGAUGGCCGCUGUGCAUUGGGGGCAGAACCACUCGCCCUCGGGGACAGCGGGGAGGCCAAGGCAGUAGGUGUGGUAGGCCGCUGGGCAGGGACGGUUGUCGCACAGCAGCAGCUGGUCCUCAUUAUCACCCGCACCGCACUCCCAGCAAUACAACUGGUCCCACCCCUCCGCUGAGUGAGGGAGGGAGUCAGGGAGGGAGGGACCACACACCACAACACACAGACCAGGUGGCAGACCGGAGUGUUUCUUUCGCUAAAGGCCGGCCCCUCUGUCUGUCUGCCUGUCCCUCCCUGCGUAUGUGUGAGGUGGUUCAACCUUACGGAUCAUGUCGUCGUCUUCAGCCUGGUCGACCUGCAGUUCCUUGGGUUCGACGGGCAUGGUCUCGAGGACCUGACUGGUGGCCAUGGAGACCUUCCCGAUAGACGUGAAGCUCAGCUUGCACAGGGGGCAGUGGUUGGUCACGGCAGCCCACUUGACGAUGCACGAGUGGCAGUACAUGUGGCCGCAGCAGUCCAGCAGACCCCGGUGCUCGAUCUCACUGCUCUCCGUCAGGCAAAUCAUGCACGGGUCCGACGCCGACGCAUCACCGCCCCCCUCACCCUCUCCCUCUCCGCCUCCCUCACCAUCUUCCACAGCAGCAGGCCUCCUCUUCCGCGCGGCCAUCUUCUGUGCGAGCCGCUCAUGCAGGGGUGGUGGUGCUGCUGCAGACGGGGCGUCACCAGCACCCAGGCCCAUGACCUCGUCAGGCUGCUCAUCUUGGCCUAUGGCCGGUGCCGCUGCCGCUGCUGAUGCAGAUGCAGAUGCAGAUGCAGAUGCCGCUGAUGCUGCUGCAGCGUCGGCCGCUGAGGCUUGGCGCUUAAAUGGUGGAAUGAAGGGCCGCCUCUUGCGGAUGGGGUUGACGGGCGGCUGGUGGGGCUGCUGAUCUUGACACUGGGGGCAGUACUUGAACUCAUCCAGGAACUGCAGCUCCUGAUCAUCCACCUUGUCCUCGCGCUCCUGACCACCCUGACCGGCCUCUGCAGCCGCCGCUGGCUGCCGAUCUGCCGCAAGUGAGGGUGUCUGGUGGGCCUGCUGCUGUGCCUCCCGCAGCGCAGGCCUGCGGAAUGGCACGCGACGCAGCUCACGCCUGGGCCACAGGCGAGGGCGAUGGGGCGGGCAGCCCGCGUCGGCAUCGGCCUCGAAGGCACCACCCUCCUGCUGCUGGUGGUGCUGCUGGUGCUGGUGCUGAUCUGAUGGUGGGUUGUGUUGGUUGGCGUCGGGUGGUGGGGAGAGCAGCCGCCUGUGUCGUGGAGGGAAGCGGGGGUUGCUCCAGAUGGUGAUCAGGUCGGGGUUGUUGCACAGCACUCCCGCCUGACACACACACACACACACACACACACACACAGAGAGAGAGAGAGAGAGAGAAUGGAUUAUGGGCGACGUCGUAGUUUCCCCUCCCUCAGUUGGCUCACUUCUCGAAGCUGUGCGAAUACGGACAUCCGACGCUGCCUGCUGGGUGGCGCUGGCUGUGGUGGCGGGCUGGGCUGCCCACCAACACCCGAAUCACAACAGUCGCCAAAGAUGGAGUCCAGCAGAUCAUCCGCACCACCCCGCUCCCGCACCUCUUGCCCCUCAUCAGACGGUGGCCUCACGCCCCCACCUGCACCGGCAGCGUCACUGGCACCAGCACCGGCCAUGAAAUUGUACAUGGCAGCACCUCUCCCCCGCCCGCGGAAGGGUCGUCGCGCCAGCCGCCUCACUGGCCGCUCAGCAGCUGCUGCCGGCAGUGCAUCAGAGGGGUGAUUGGGGGGCUCUGACGGGUCUGCCACCUUGUGGUCGUCCCCAGCAAUGGGAGAGGGGCGGGGCUGGAAUGCGCUAGCUGAGUCGCUGGUGGCGUUCCCAUCAACGGUUGCGGGCUGGUCCACGGGCUCGGUAGCGAGGGAGCCCGUGGUGCCGACCUGAUGAUGACCAGAUGCCGAUGCGGGGGCCUCUGUGUCGGCUGUGGUCGUGAGCGUGAACCUGUAGAUGAGCUCGGACUUGUUCCUCGGCCCAAACACCACCUCGUCGCCCUCACACAAAUCUACAGUGGCCUUCCGGUGCAAACAGCCAUUAACCUCGACGCCAUUGACGCCCACCACCUCGAGCCGAUAAGUGUAGCCAUGGGAAGGGCCGUAUGCAGACGAUGAGGAUGCGCUGGCAGCAGCUGUGGGUGUGCGGAUGACGGUGGCGUGGUGGCGAGAUAUCAUGUGAUGGUGGCAGCUGUCCACACGCGCCUCGACCCAUGGAGCACGGCCUAUGCGGGUCUCAUCCGACCUCAGAUGGAUGACACGGGGCUGCACAGUGGUUGCGGCACACGCCUCACCACCACCUCUCGCGGAA